UCUCAUCUCUCUUCUCUUUCGUUUUCGAGUUGGAUUUCUGGCUAAGUUUAUUCUCAGUAAACUUCAACAACUAAGCUGUUCUGCUAUCCUCAUACUCUUUCUUCACCGAAAAGGUAUAUUACAUCCUCUCUGCUCUACUUUAUUCCUGUCUUUUAUUUCAACUCAGUUCAAAAUGGCUAAUGUCGUACUCGGCUCUCAGUGGGGAGAUGAAGGUAAAGGAAAGUUGGUAGAUAUCCUCUGUAAUGAAAUCGAUGUCUGUUGUAGAUGUGCAGGUGGUAAUAACGCUGGUCAUACUAUUGUUGUCAACAACAUCAAGUACGACUUCCACAUGUUGCCAUCUGGAUUAGUCAACCCCAAUUGCUUGAAUUUGAUUGGUAAUGGUGUUGUCAUUCAUUUAAAGUCUCUAUUACUGGAACUAAACAAUUUGAAGGAAAAGGGUUUGAAAAAUUGCGAUGAAAGAUUAUUUAUCUCCUCCAGAGCUCACUUGGUUUUCGAUUUCCAUCAAAAACUAGACAACUUGAAUGAGCUUCACUUAUCUAAUGAUUCAACCAAUGCUAAUAAAAAACAAACUUUGAAAAUUGGUACCACUGGUAAAGGUAUUGGUCCAACUUAUUCCACCAAGGCAUCAAGAUCUGGUAUAAGAGUUCAUCAUUUAAUCUCGGGUUUGAAUUCUGAUGCAGUAGAUGAAAAUGAAGCCUGGAAAGAAUUUGAAUCAAAGUACUACAGAUUGCUAAAUUCUUUCUAUAAAAUUUAUGGAAAGUUUGAGUAUGAUCCUGUAGAAGAAUUGGCCCGUUUCAAGUCUUACAGAUCUAUAAUUAACUUAAUGGUUGUUGAUUCAACUCAUUUUGUUCACACUGCAUUAGCUGACAAAAAAAGAAUUUUAGUUGAAGGUGCUAAUGCUUUAAUGUUAGACAUUGAUUUUGGUACCUAUCCCUAUGUUACUUCAUCCAAUACUGGUAUUGGUGGUGUCAUUACUGGCUUAGGUAUUCCUCCUAAGGCCAUUAACAAUAUUUAUGGUGUUGUGAAAGCUUACACAACCAGGGUAGGUGAAGGUCCCUUUCCAACUGAGCAGUUGAAUGACGAUGGUAAUAAAUUGCAAUCUAUUGGUGCUGAAUUUGGGGUUACCACCGGUAGAAAAAGAAGAUGUGGCUGGUUAGAUUUGGUUGUUUUAAAGUAUUCUACCUUAAUCAAUGGUUACACCUCUUUGAACAUAACCAAAUUGGAUGUCUUGGACACAUUUAAAGAAAUUAAAGUCGGCAUUGCCUACAAGAUAGAUGGAAAGACUUUAGAUUCCUUUCCUGAUGAUUUAAAUCUUUUGGAAAAGGUUGAAGUUGAAUAUGUCACUUUGGAUGGAUGGAAUCAAGAUAUCACUCAAAUAAAAAGUUAUGACGACUUGCCUCAAAAUGCUAAAAGCUAUUUAAAAUACAUUGAAACCUUUUUAAACGUUCCAAUUCAAUGGGUUGGUACUGGUCCUUCUAGAGACUCAAUGCUUUACAAACCAAUCAACUAGUUUUUGUUAAUACCAAAUGUUAAAAUCUUAUUUAUAACUGUUUAAUUUUUCAUUCAGUUUUUACAAAAUUUUCCAUAUUCUCUACUUUUUUGGAUGCAG